GUGGUGGGCGGGGCACGUGGUGCGGAACUAGUACUGCGCAGGAGGAACUAGCUGCUGCCUGCUUGAAAGAUGACAGCCCUGAGUACCCUGUUUCAGUAUAUUGAUGGAAACCAGGACCGCUACAUUAAGAAACUUGCAAACUGGGUGGCCAUCCAAAGUGUGUCGGCCUGGCCCGAGAAGAGGGGAGAGAUCCGGAGGAUGAUGGAAGUCGCUGCUGCCGAUAUCCAGCAGCUCGGGGGCUCUGUGGAACUGGUGGACAUUGGGAAACAAAAGCUCCCUGAUGGCUCGGAGAUCCCUCUUCCUCCCAUUCUGUUGGGCAAACUGGGCUCUGAUCCACAGAAGAAGACAGUGUGUAUUUACGGGCAUCUGGACGUACAGCCUGCGGCCCUGGAGGACGGCUGGGACAGUGAGCCCUUCACCUUGGUGGAGCGAGAUGGCAAGCUGUAUGGGAGAGGAUCAACUGAUGAUAAGGGACCGGUGGCCGGCUGGAUGAAUGCCCUGGAAGCAUAUCAGAAGACGGGUCAGGAGAUCCCUGUCAAUGUGCGAUUCUGCCUCGAAGGCAUGGAGGAGUCUGGCUCCGAAGGCCUGGACGAGCUGAUUUUUGCCCAGAAAGACACCUUCUUUAAAGACGUGGACUACGUUUGCAUCUCUGACAAUUACUGGCUGGGGAAGAAGAAGCCCUGCAUCACCUAUGGUCUCAGGGGCAUCUGCUACUUCUUCAUCGAGGUGGAAUGCAGUGACAAAGACCUCCAUUCUGGGGUGUAUGGUGGCUCGGUCCAUGAGGCCAUGACAGAUCUCAUUUCACUGAUGGGCUCUCUGAUAGACAACAAGGGGAGAAUCCUCAUCCCUGGCAUUAACGAGGCUGUUGCCCCGCUGACCAAAGAGGAGCACGAGCUCUACGACCACAUUGACUUUGACAUGGAGGAGUUCGCCAAGGACAUCGGCGCUCAGACCCUUCUGCACAGCUGCAAGAAAGAUAUCCUGAUGCACCGCUGGCGGUACCCGUCACUCUCCCUCCAUGGCAUCGAAGGCGCCUUCUCUGGGUCUGGGGCCAAGACUGUGAUUCCUAGGAAAGUGAUUGGCAAGUUCUCCAUCAGGCUCGUGCCCAACAUGACCCCUGAAGUUGUCAGCGAGCAGGUUACAAGCUACUUGACUAAGAAGUUUGCUGACCUACACAGCCCAAACAAAUUUAAGGUGUACAUGGGCCAUGGUGGGAAGCCUUGGGUAUCUGACUUCAACCACCCACAUUAUAUGGCUGGAAGAAGAGCUCUAAAAACAGUUUUUGGUGUUGAGCCAGACUUGACCAGGGAAGGCGGCAGUAUCCCUGUGACCUUGACCUUCCAGGAGGCCACAGGCAAGAACGUGAUGCUCUUGCCAGUGGGGUCAGCAGAUGAUGGUGCGCACUCUCAGAAUGAAAAACUCAACAGGCAUAACUACAUAGAAGGAAUCAAGAUGCUGGCCACGUACCUGUAUGAAGUGUCUCAGCUGAAGGACUGAGGCCCAUUUUCCACGGAGCGCCAUGUAUGACCAGCAGGAAACCCACCUCAGCCUCUGUCCUUGCUCUUGCCCUCUCUGACUAACUCAACAGAGUGGAAGUUCCUUCCCCUUUUUCCUCUUCUCAGGUCAUGCACAGACUUCCAAGAAGGGCCACUUGUCUAGCUGUUGGGAAGGUAGAGUCAGGUGUGCCCAGCAUUUGGGGCCCCGUCAUCCUGGGGGCUUGUCAGGACCCCUGGAUAGAUUCUCAGAGGCGGCCCGUGACUUGACCUCCGGAAAGCCGGUGCACCCGGGGUUCAGCAGCUCUGGAGGAGAUGUCAGGGGUGGGGACGACCUGCCCUUGCUGCCUUCUCUAUCAGGUAACUCACACUCUGGAUCUUCAGAAAGGAAAUGAAAACAUUCAGGGGCUUCUUAGGUAACCCCUUGCUGUCAUAUUGUUCUGUUCUUUCUCAAGACUUUGACUGUCACCCGUGUUGUCUGUCCCCAGCCCUCAGAACCUCCCUAAUUGUCCAGGGGAAGAACUGGUUCAUCUCAAUCUGUGUUGCUCAAUAAAAGCAAACUUGAAGCCUC